CAAGAAUUCAAGAGCGGACUUCGGAAAGGAUUACCGAUACUGAAUGGCUGCUUAACAGUGCCCCUCCUGUGUGGGUUUGGAUACGGAUGCUCGGAGACAAGACCGGACCUGUGCAAGCCCAAUGUUUUGAUGGACUUGUAAAUCACCCAUAAAUGCAGCCAACAUAAGUCUAUCUGUCUGAUGGGUAAUACAAAUUAUUGGGUUCUUAUUAUUCCGCCUCUUUAAUCUCAUUUGCUCACAGGGUUCUCGUUCUUCCGGCUGUAUACCAGACUCAUCUAAGGUAUCUUUAGUUAUAUAAACCCAACCCCUCACACUUUAGUUCUAGGUUAGCCCAAGUAUCAGCGCCAUCGACAACACGUCAAGUUCAUCAUCACUGGACCAUUAAUUCACGAUUACAGUUGCAACCAAAAUGGCACCUCAAUUGUUAUGGAUAGGCCUCGGGAACAUGGGCAGGGGAAUGUGCAGGAAUAUUGUCGAGAAAGCUGCCCUCGAUGGUCUUCCGCUUCUUCUACAUAACCGUUCGGCACAGCGCGCUGUUGAUCUCAAGGGCAGUCUGCCGGACGGAAAGGCCGAGGUUGUCACAGACCUUGCACAAGGAGUCGCCAAAGCCGAUGUGAUUUUCACCUGCGUCGCCAAUGACGCUGCCGUCCGGGAAACGCUGGACGCAGCUAUUGCCUCUGGCAACAUCAAAGGCAAGCUGUUCAUCGACUGCUCAACCAUCCACCCGGAUACAACUGAGAGUGUGAGCAAAAAAAUCGUCGAUCAGGGAGCCGAGUUCGUAGCUGCACCGAUUUUCGGGCCGCCCGCCGCUGCAGAUGCGGGGACUCUGGUCGCCGUGCUCGCGGGCCCCCGGUCUUCGGUCGAACGAGCGCGCCCUUACUUCAAGGGCGUGACUUCGCGUGCAGAGAUCGAGAUGGUGGACCGCACGCCUCAGACGGCACUGACGCUCAAGGUCAUUGGCAACACCUUCAUCGUCAACAUGAUUGAGCAGCUGGCCGAGGGCCACGUGCUGGCGGAAAAGUCGGGACUGGGCACAGAAUAUCUACAUCAAUUCGUGGAGCACGUCUUCCCCGGGGCGUAUACCGCCUACUCGCAGCGGAUGCUGACAGGCGACUAUCACAAGCGAGAGGAGCCGUUGUUUGCUGUGGACCUGGCUAGGAAAGAUGCAGGCCAUGCUUUGGCCCUUGCAAAGAAGGCUGGGACCAAGCUGCCCAACGUGGAGGCAGCAGAUGCUCACUUGGCCCAGGUCAAGGAACACUCUGGGGCCAAGGGGGACAUUGCUGGUAUUUAUGGUGCUGUGCGCAAGGAAGCUGGGCUCAAGUUUGAGAACGACGCGUGAUGAGCAGACAUUCAUCCAAUAGGAAUAGAUGCCAGUAGAUGACCGGGUAAGAACCAGAGUGGCAGCUCGGGAUCGUUGUUAGUUUUGAUAAUAAUGACCGCAAUGAAUUGAAAGUCAGAAAGAAACAGAAAGAUGAAGAUUGGUUGCAAGCUGGAUUGCUUGCUUGCCCAGGCUUGCCAGGUAUCACUGGGUAA